AUGAGAAUGACGCUAAAAAUGAUAAACAUUAUAAAUAGAUUUAUUUUUUUUAAGCUGGAUAAUACGAUAAAAUAUUCACAUAAAAUAUGUUUAUUUAACCAUAGAAAAAAACAAAUUCUUACAAGAUUUCACGAUUUUUGUAAUAUAUUUUUUGUUUCAUUAAAUUUAUAUAUUGUGAAGAAAUACAUACUUUCAAAAAACAUUCGAAUAUCUUAUUUGGAAGAUAGAGGAGACGCAUACCUACAAAAAAAGUAUAGGACGGAUACAAAAUUUUUAAGAACAGAAAGUGGAAUACUAUAUAAAGAUUUAUUAGACGGUGAAGGUGACCCAAUUGAAGAAGGAGAUACUGUUUAUAUUCAUUACCAAGGAAAAACAACAAACGACUUUCGAAUAAUUCAAUCAACAUUUAAAAGUAUUAUACCACCUAAAAUAAAAGCUGGGAUUUAUGAUAAAAAACACAUAAAGGCUAUAUAUGAAAUAGUAAUUGGUAUGAAAAAGCAUACACGAAGACAAUGUAUUGUUCCUCCUCAUUUAGCAUAUCCUAAUCAUUUUCCUAAUCAACCCCUUAUUUAUGAAAUAGAUAUAGUAAAAGUGAUAAAAAAGGGAGAAGAAAAUGAUACAUUACUUGAAAGAAUAAAAAAAAUGCUAACUAUUUAA